AUGCAGAAGCUGCACGCAUUGGCGACAAAGACAACUCCAGCCAAAAGGAGCUUUAUCUUCCAAGCUCUACGGGACAUGAUUUUCCGCAACAUGCUUGAAAAUGAUGAUGUCAGCAAGUCUUUCCUGGUGGGGGACGGGCACAAUACAUGCGGUUUCAUUGCCCUGACAGAACUGAAGCUGGACUGUUUGGCCCACUUCAAGGCGGUGGUCUUACCCCGAGCCCAGAUCCGUGAACAGGACCGCGUCGUCAUUGGAGAAGCAUUGCUGGACCAUACGACAUAUAACAAAAGAAUGCUGGGUGAUGACGUGGCUUGGCAGGGCAUGCUGCUGGAGUCGAGCAUGCAAGCCCUCAGAUUUUUAGCCCUGAAAGAGAAGUGGGGCCAAAUCGAGCAGCUGAGAACAAACGAGCUUGCAGAGGAGAAGGUCAAGCUGCGGCGCGAAGCCGAGCCCGAGGAAACGCCGGAAGACCCAGACCACGGCACGGCCCUGGCACAAAUGCGGAAGCCAGCAAGCAAUUUCACGGAGGAGAGCGAAGGCUACUGGUUGGCGGUGGCGAAUGAGAUGGUGAGACGUUUUGUCAGUUUCAUGGUUUUACCUGAGACACAAAAUCAAAUGAUGCAGCUUGUAACACAGUCCGUGCUCAAAGACGUGGAGGUGGUGGCAGGCUCUACGUGCUGCUGCUUGUGGAUGGACAUGGACCUCCUGGGUGAGUCGUGCGGUGGUCCACUUGCACAGCGCGGCUUGCGUCGUUCAGAGCCCUUCGAGGUAGGCACGUGGAAGUCGCUUCUUCAUGGAGCCCUCCUCGCACGCGGAGCGCAGCAGAAAAGCGAUCAGGGUGAAGCGCCAGUGCCGUGCGAGACAGACAUGGUGCUCAUCCACUCAGGUGGACGGCCGGACAUUCUAACAUCCGCACGGCAGAUGUUCCGUUUGGAGAAGAGCAAGCAAGUCGUGAACACGGAUGCUUGGGAGAAGAAAAUCGGAGUUGUUUUCAAUGAAGAAGGCAUUCGGCAACGAAAGAAGCGCAUCAAAACCAGCGACGGCUACAGCCAGCAAACGGAUGUGUUUGCGUACACACAGAAGGGGUGUGUGCCAGAAACCUUUCCUGAACGACGCAGGAAGCACUACAGCGGGUAUAACACGGGCGACGUCAUUGGUUGGGUUGACUGCGUUGGAUCAGACGACCUGUGGGUGACCAGCAGGCAGGAAAAGGAAGAAAUUCUCGGACAAAGGGGGAUCCUCAAGUUGAGCGACAAGGAGAAGAUUAGCCUUCUGCAAGACACGAAACUGGGCGAGGAGGUGAGCACCGUGGAGUCUGUCUUCCCGUCCGCAAAGUUGCCCACCAAAUUCCAUCUGGAGACACUCUGGUCGUACUGCGUGUCCUGCGCAAUAGAUUUCACACCCGGGCAGGGUGAUUUCCUGCGAGCCUGUGUGGAGUCGAGGACGCCCGUCCUAUGCUUUGGUCUGACAGAGACGCACAACAAGUGUUUGGAAGAGCAUCUGACAAAAUGGGUUGUGAAGUGCAUGGCGACAGAGGGAAGUAGUCUGCACCGCAAAAAUGCCAAGGACGUCCUUGAGAAUCUGAAGAAGCGCCCGCUCCAUGCUGGCGCUGACAAUGGCAAGACCAAUACCGAGGACGAGCCCACAGAGAAGAAGCCCAAAAACGGAGAGCCGAAGACCAAACCGAAGCCAAAGGACUCCAAAAAGAAAGACAAGUCCUCUGAGAGUGUCGAGUCCGCCAAGAAGACUAAGAAAAAGGGCAAGAAGAGCAAGAAAGCUACCAAAAAGAAGAAAGAGGAGAGCUCCUCGUCUUCCAGUGAGGAGCCAUGGUAG